AUAUUCCAUGGUGUUCCCAAUAACAUAACUGCUGUGGUCAACUUGACUGGCGAACCUAUCAUGGUUCCUUUUAAACGUUUUGGAAGUAACUUUAAACGAAAAAUUUGGAUUAGUAGAGUUGGAUCCACAAUGUUACUUACUGAUUUAUUAAAUUCCACCAAAUGCAAGCCUGAUGUGUUUAUUACAAUCACUAGUACUGAUAUGUAUCCAUCAAAUGGAGUUCACACAGAAAAAUUUAUUCCUUCAGACCAAAUGAUAGACUGUAAUUUCUUCACUAGAUUAGGAAUGGAUUGGGAACAAGCUUCAAAGAAAUUUCCUUUUCGUAGAAUAUCAAUUAGAACAGGAACAGUACUGGGUCACAAUGGUGGAUUUCUCAAAUGCUUGAAACAAUUAAUUGCUAUAGGUAUAGGGGCCAAGAUAGGAGAUGGGUGUCAGCAUCAGCCUUGGAUACACAUUUGUGAUUUACUGUACCUUAUACUUUUUUCAAUAGAGAACAAGGAAGUAUGUGGAAUAUUAAAUGGAGUAUCGCCAAAGAGCAUAACUAAUGAAGAAUUAAUUACUACUUACAAGCAAGUAUCAAAAAAGUCAUCAGUAAUGUUAAAUACACCUAAAAUAUUACUUAAGACAAUGUUUGGAGAAGAAAGAACAAAACUAAUAUUGGGAGGAAGAAAAGUUUUACCAAUGGGGACAUUGGAUUAUGGAUUUAAUUUUCAAUAUUGUGAAAUUGAAAGUGCUUUAAGAAAUAUUUUGAAUCGAUGAAAAAUAAAUAAUACUUACUUUGUCAGAUGUUUGCAGAACAUUAUUAAACUUAGAAAUUAUUGAAUGGUAGUUUUAAAAUUUAGCAGUAUAAUUAAUGUAUUAACACACUGUUGUAACCAAAAAAUAAGAUGCAAUUGAAUACCUCAUCUAUUAUCAAUUAUAUUUGAAGUUUAUAACAGCAUAAUGUAAAACAUUAAAGAAUUUUACAUAAUAAU